AUGCAUACAACCUCGAUUACAGAGGGAACCGGCUCAGGCCAAUCACCCCUGCAAAUCCACAUCGAGGAACUCUCCUCCUUACCCCUCCACGACACCAUACAAAACUUGGCUCACCUCCUCCCGGAACUAACCACCUGCGUCACCGCAACAGGCGAACGCCUCGUAACUCACCCUACCUACGAAGGAACAGGCAAGCUCGACGACCUGGGUAGACUCUACCUCCGUGCCGCCGAUCGAUGUACCCGCGAACACGCAUCCUUCAAAACCCGCCUCCUGCACGUAUCCCUCGAUUCCGUGAUCGGAGAACUCUACGCAUCAAGUCAAGAGCAGCUCCACAAGGGUUUGGCAGACGGGUCUGUGGAUCUCCCUCCUCGACUAGAUGAGGGGUGUGCAUGCUGCUCCGGCGAGCCCUUUGCCGUGAUCCUGUGCGGGUUCCAUGAGGAGAAUGCGUUGCUUUUCUGGGAAGACGAAUAUAAGGCUUUCUGGGGCGAUGAAGAGAGCCGGGGGGGACAAUAUGGUCAGGGCGAGACUUGGACCAGGGCUUCGAGGGAGCAGGUAGAGCGUGCGAUGGCGCGGGAGGAGGCGAGUGUGGUUCCUAGCAUGCUUUAG